CCAGCGCCGCGCAGCGAGCCGGAGGCGGCGGCGGCGGGGCGCGGCGGCCGGACGGGGGCGGCGCUGCGCUGGCUCGUCACGCUGGUCCUGUACGCCGCCUUCGUGGGGCUGGGGCUGAGCGUUGCCAUCCUUGGGCCUACAUUUCAAGAUUUGGCAAGAAAUGUGAACCAAAACAUCAGCAGCCUUUCUGUCAUUUUUGUGGGCCGGGCCUCUGGAUUUUUAGGUGGCACUCUGAUUGGUGGAGUUCUCCUUGACUAUAUGAACCAUUUUUUACUUUUGGGUGUUUCAAUGUUGGCUACCACAGUUGGGCUUUAUCUCAUUCCUUUCUGCAAGAAGGCAAUCAUACUGAUUGUCAUGAUGUCUGUCUUUGGUGCUUCAGCUGGUGUUGUGGAUACAGGUGGGAACGUCCUCAUUCUGAAUCUUUGGGGAGACAAAGGAGCCCCCCACAUGCAAGCCUUGCACUUCAGUUUCGCCUUGGGUGCCUUUCUGGCGCCCCUGCUGGCUAAACUGGCCUGGGGUACAGCAGCAUCUGCUCAGAACCACAGCGAGUCCGACUUUGACCUUCUAAUGCUGAACCAAUCCUCCGAAGCUGCCUCAGACUCUGUGUUUGCGGUACCCGAUGACAUAAAUCUCCUGUGGGCGUAUGCUUCCACAGGCACCUAUAUUUUAGUUGUUUCUGUCUUUCUCUUUGGUCUGUUUUGUAAGAAACACUCAAAGCAAGAGAAAGCCACAGCAUCUGCUCAGGUAGCUCGAAGGGCUAAAUAUCACUGGGCCCUGCUCUGCCUCCUCUUCCUCUUCUUCUUCUUUUACGUGGGAGCCGAGGUGACCUAUGGCUCUUAUGUAUUCUCCUUCGCCACCACCCACGUUGGCAUGGAAGAAAGCGAGGCAGCUGGCUUGAACUCCAUCUUCUGGGGCACCUUUGCAGCCUGCAGGGGCCUGGCCAUCUUCUUUGCAACACUCUUACAGCCUGGAACCAUGAUCGUGCUGAGCAACAUUGGCAAUCUAGCCUCAUCUUUAUUUCUGGUGCUUUUUGACAAGAAUCGUCUUUGUCUCUGGAUUGCAACAUCUGUGUAUGGAGCCUCAAUGGCAGCCACAUUUCCCAGCGGCAUUUCCUGGGUUGAGCAGUACACCACCUUAACUGGGAAAUCUACAGCAUUCUUUGUCAUUGGUGCUGCCCUGGGAGAAAUGGCCAUUCCUGCAGUGAUCGGGAUUCUUCAGGGACACUACCCAGAUCUGCCGGUAGUUCUGUACGUAUGUCUGGGGUCAGCCAUCUUCACUGCUGUUUUGUUUCCUGUGAUGUAUAAAUUAGCCACCUUACCCCUGAAGCGCCAGCGCAAAGGAAGAAGAAAGAGUGAGGACCAGAAAGCUUUGAAAGAAAAUCCUGGAAACAUGCAGAAAAGUGGAAUGGAAUGGAUUCUGAAGUAGUUGCAAUGAAGACUAUGAGGCAUUCUGUAAUAGAGAAUUCUAGAAAGAUUCUGAUUUGAUAAAGCCCACAGCUGAUGCCUUUAGGCAAGUCCCAAAUGUCUCUGUGUUUGAGUCCUCUCCAGUUAAUGGUGGUAUCUUCCUUGUGAUACACCAGGGGAAAAUGGACAAAUAUUUGGAGAAGACAAACUAUUUAAUAACUUAAUAGUUGCUACUCUUGAAGAAGCCAGGCCAGGUGGAGCCAUAGCAGGUUAUUAGCAUUUCUAGGGGUCAAAGUUUCUAGAUCAUCAUAAUACUGCUGAAAUGAUUUAACAUGUCCCGGAAUUUCCAGAGUCUUCCAUAAUGUACCAGGUUAUAAUGAGCAUAGUAAAAAAAAAAAAAAAAAAUGUCUUUUAGACAUGUAAAAAUAGCUUAGUCAGGAUCCCCACUACACCCAAGGUUGCACCUGAUAACCAGAACUCAGUGACAUCACUCCCUCAAGAUAAGCAGACACACAGCUAGAACCCCGUGACACCCACUGGACAGUAUGUAAGCAGAGACCAAGAGCAAUGGAGAGACGACACCUUCAUCUGCCCUGUGGUGGGAGAGUCUCCCCCAAGAUCCUCAAAUCAGAGACUUCUGUUAAGAGAUUGGACCUGACCUUCAGCUAAGAUAGGUCACACAGGUGAGCAGCCUUGAGCAUAGGACUGUAGUUAGGAACAUUGUGUGAUGACCCUCAACAUAAUAAAAUAUAACUUUUGUUAUACUAA